AUGUAUGAGGGGAAGAAGACCAAGAACAUGUUCCUGACGCGGGCGCUGGAGAAGAUCCUGGCCGACAAGGAAGUGAAGAAGGCGCAUCACUCCCAGCUGCGCAAGGCGUGCGAGGUGGCGCUAGAGGAAAUCAAAGUGGAGACUGAAAAACAGAGUCCUCCUCAUGGAGAAGCAAAAGCUGGAUCAAGCACCCUUCCACCAGUGAAAUCAAAGGCAAAUUUUAUCGAAGCAGACAAGUACUUUUUACCCUUUGAAUUGGCCUGCCAGUCCAGAUGUCCCCGCAUAGUUAAUACAUCUCUAGAUUGUUUACAGAAGCUUAUUGCUUAUGGGCACUUGACUGGCAAUGCUCCAGAUAGUACAACACCAGGCAAAAAAUUAAUUGAUAGAAUUAUAGAAACAAUUUGUGGCUGUUUCCAAGGUCCUCAAACAGACGAAGGAGUUCAGUUGCAAAUAAUAAAGGCAUUACUUACUGCAGUAACAUCUCAACACAUAGAAAUUCAUGAAGGAACUGUACUGCAAGCUGUGAGAACAUGUUACAAUAUUUAUCUAGCAAGCAAAAAUCUCAUCAAUCAGACAACAGCCAAAGCUACUCUUACUCAGAUGCUAAAUGUGAUCUUUGCACGCAUGGAAAACCAAGCAUUGCAGGAAGCCAAACAAAUGGAAAAAGAGAGGCACCGGCAUCAUCAUCAUCUGUUGCAGUCUCCAGUAAGCCAUCAUGAGCCUGAGUCACCUCACCUUAGAUAUCUGCCACCUCAGACUGUUGAUCAUAUAUCCCAAGAACAUGAAAGAGACCUUGAUCCCCAUGCAAAUGAAGUGGAUAAAAGCCUUCAGGAUGACAUAGAACCUGAAAAUGGAUCUGAUAUUUCCAGUGCAGAAAAUGAACAGACAGAAGCUGAUCAGGCAACUGCAGCUGAAACAUUAUCUAAAAAUGAUAUAUUAUAUGAUGGAGAAAACCAUGACUGUGAGGAAAAGCCACAAGACAUUGUACAGAGCAUUGUAGAAGAAAUGGUGAACAUUGUUGUUGGAGAUAUGGGAGAAAGGACCAUAAAUGCAAAUGCAGAUGGCAACAUUGGAACUAUAGAGGAUGGUAGUGACAGUGAAAAUAUUCAUGCAAAUGGAAUUCCAGGAACACCAAUUUCUGUUGCAUAUACACCGUCCUUACCUGAUGACAGACUCUCUGUCUCUUCCAAUGAUACUCAGGAAUCUGGAAAUUCUUCAGGACCUUCACCUGGUGCUAAGUUUUCCCACAUUUUACAAAAGGAUGCCUUUUUAGUAUUCAGGUCAUUGUGUAAACUGUCAAUGAAACCCCUGUCAGAUGGACCACCAGAUCCAAAGUCUCAUGAGUUACGAUCCAAGAUUCUUUCAUUGCAGUUACUUCUAUCCAUUCUGCAGAAUGCAGGACCUGUUUUCAGGACAAAUGAGAUGUUUAUUAAUGCUAUUAAGCAGUAUCUGUGUGUUGCACUCUCAAAAAAUGGAGUCUCAUCUGUGCCAGAGGUUUUUGAGCUUUCUCUUUCCAUAUUUCUUACUUUGUUAUCGAAUUUCAAGACACACCUGAAGAUGCAAAUUGAGGUGUUCUUUAAAGAAAUUUUCCUAUAUAUUUUGGAAACUUCUACCAGCUCAUUUGACCACAAAUGGAUGGUUAUUCAGACUUUGACAAGGAUUUGUGCAGAUGCUCAGAGUGUAGUGGAUAUUUAUGUAAACUAUGACUGUGACUUAAACGCAGCAAAUAUAUUUGAAAGACUAGUUAAUGAUCUAUCAAAAAUUGCUCAAGGCCGGGGCAGUCAGGAACUUGGCAUGAGUAAUGUUCAGGAAUUAAGCCUGAGGAAAAAAGGUUUAGAGUGCUUAGUGUCGAUUUUGAAGUGCAUGGUUGAAUGGAGUAAGGAUCAGUAUGUGAACCCCAACUCUCAGACAACUCUUGGUCAGGAAAAACCCUCAGAACAAGAGACAAGUGACAUCAAACACCCUGAGACAAUAAACAGAUACGGAAGCUUAAAUUCCCUGGAGUCAACAUCAUCCUCAGGAAUAGGCAGCUACAGCACACAGAUGUCUGGCACCGAUAAUCCCGAACAGUUUGAAGUCCUAAAGCAGCAAAAAGAAAUAAUAGAACAAGGGAUAGAUUUGUUUAAUAAGAAACCAAAGAGAGGAAUACAGUACCUCCAAGAACAAGGGAUGCUUGGCACUACACCUGAAGAUAUCGCUCAAUUCUUACAUCAAGAGGAAAGAUUAGACUCUACUCAAGUGGGUGAGUUCCUGGGAGAUAAUGAUAAGUUUAACAAAGAAGUCAUGUAUGCAUAUGUGGACCAACAUGACUUUUCAGGAAAGGACUUUGUUUCGGCCCUUCGAAUGUUUCUAGAAGGAUUCCGUCUUCCAGGGGAAGCUCAGAAAAUUGAUCGAUUGAUGGAAAAAUUUGCUGCAAGAUAUCUAGAAUGCAACCAAGGACAAACCCUAUUUGCUAGUGCAGAUACUGCUUAUGUUCUGGCUUACUCAAUUAUUAUGCUGACCACAGAUCUUCACAGUCCACAGGUUAAAAAUAAAAUGACAAAGGAACAGUACAUUAAGAUGAAUAGAGGUAUCAAUGACAGUAAAGACCUUCCUGAAGAGUAUCUAUCAGCCAUCUACAACGAAAUAGCUGGCAAAAAGAUAUCAUUGAAAGAAACGAAAGAAUUAACAAUCCCUACAAAAUCAAGUAAGCAAAAUGUAGCAAGUGAAAAACAAAGAAGACUUCUUUAUAACUUAGAAAUGGAACAGAUGGCUAAGACAGCUAAAGCACUUAUGGAAGCCGUGAGCCAUGUUCAAGCACCUUUUACAAGUGCAACACAUUUGGAGCAUGUGAGACCCAUGUUUAAGUUGGCUUGGACACCUUUUCUUGCUGCAUUCAGUGUGGGUCUACAAGACUGUGAUGAUACUGAAGUAGCCUCUCUUUGCCUGGAAGGUAUAAGAUGUGCAAUCAGAAUUGCAUGCAUUUUCAGCAUUCAGCUGGAAAGAGAUGCGUAUGUUCAGGCACUAGCAAGAUUUACUUUACUUACAGUGAGUUCUGGUAUUACUGAAAUGAAACAGAAGAACAUUGACACAAUAAAAACGCUUAUCACAGUGGCUCAUACAGAUGGAAAUUAUUUAGGAAAUUCAUGGCAUGAGAUUCUGAAGUGCAUCAGUCAAUUGGAGCUUGCACAACUUAUAGGAACUGGAGUGAAACCUCGAUACAUUUCUGGAACAGUGCGAGGCAGAGAAGGAUCUCUUACUGGAACAAAAGAUCAGGCUCCUGAUGAAUUUGUGGGGCUAGGGCUGGUUGGAGGAAAUGUGGACUGGAAGCAGAUAGCAAGUAUUCAAGAAUCCAUUGGAGAAACCAGUUCUCAGAGUGUUGUUGUUGCUGUAGAUAGAAUAUUUACAGGGUCUACAAGGCUAGAUGGAAAUGCUAUUGUGGAUUUUGUCCGUUGGCUCUGUGCUGUGUCUAUGGAUGAAUUACUUUCCACUACACAUCCAAGAAUGUUUAGUCUACAAAAAAUAGUAGAAAUAUCAUAUUACAACAUGGGAAGAAUAAGAUUGCAAUGGUCUCGAAUUUGGGAAGUUAUUGGAGAUCAUUUUAAUAAGGUCGGCUGUAAUCCUAAUGAAGACGUAGCUAUUUUUGCAGUAGACUCCUUGAGACAGUUGUCAAUGAAGUUCUUAGAGAAAGGGGAGCUUGCUAAUUUCAGAUUCCAGAAGGAUUUCUUAAGACCUUUUGAGCAUAUAAUGAAACGGAACAGGUCUCCAACCAUUCGAGAUAUGGUUGUGCGAUGUAUAGCACAGAUGGUGAACUCUCAAGCUGCUAACAUUCGGUCUGGAUGGAAGAACAUUUUCUCUGUAUUUCAUCUAGCUGCAUCCGAUCAAGAUGAAAGCAUAGUGGAACUUGCAUUCCAAACAACAGGGCACAUUGUCACCCUUGUGUUUGAAAAACAUUUUCCAGCAACCAUUGAUUCUUUCCAGGAUGCAGUGAAGUGUUUGUCUGAAUUUGCAUGCAAUGCAGCUUUCCCAGACACAAGUAUGGAAGCAAUCCGACUUAUUCGCCAUUGUGCAAAAUACGUGUCUGACAGACCUCAGGCUUUUAAGGAAUAUACAAGCGACGAUAUGAAUGUGGCGCCUGAAGACAGGGUGUGGGUGAGAGGAUGGUUCCCCAUCCUCUUUGAGUUAUCCUGUAUCAUCAAUAGAUGCAAAUUAGAUGUAAGAACCAGGGGUUUAACAGUAAUGUUUGAAAUCAUGAAAACUUACGGCCACACUUACGAAAAGCACUGGUGGCAGGAUUUAUUUAGAAUUGUGUUCAGAAUCUUUGACAACAUGAAAUUGCCAGAACAGCAGACAGAGAAAGCUGAGUGGAUGACAACGACCUGCAAUCAUGCCCUUUAUGCCAUCUGUGACGUGUUCACUCAGUAUUUGGAGGUGCUCAGUGACGUGCUUUUGGAUGAUAUUUUUGCCCAGCUGUACUGGUGUGUGCAGCAAGACAAUGAGCAGUUGGCACGAUCUGGUACAAACUGCUUAGAGAAUGUUGUUAUCCUGAAUGGGGAAAAAUUUACCCUAGAAAUCUGGGAUAAAACUUGUAACUGCACACUGGAUAUCUUCAAAACUACAAUCCCACAUGCGCUUCUGACAUGGCGUCCCACUUCCGGAGAAACUGUUCCCCUGCCUUCUUCUCCUGUGAAUGAAAAACAAUUGGAUACAAUAUCACAGAAAUCUGUAGAUAUCCAUGACUCUGUUCAACCAAGAUCUGCAGAUAAUAGACAGCAAGCAACAUUGACUUCUGUCUCUACUGUGAAUGAAGAAGCCAACAAACUUAAACCUUCAGCAAAAUAUCCAGAACAAAAACUGUUUGCUGCCCUGUUGAUUAAAUGUGUUGUGCAGCUGGAACUCAUCCAGACUAUAGACAACAUUGUGUUCUUCCCCGCUACAAGCAGGAAGGAGGACGCGGAGAACUUAGCUGCAGCCCAGAGAGAUGCCGUGGACUUUGAUGUUCGAGUUGAUACUCAAGACCAAGGGAUGUACCGCUUUUUAACAUCACAACAGCUUUUUAAGCUACUGGACUGCUUAUUAGAGUCACAUCGAUUUGCAAAAGCAUUUAAUUCCAACAAUGAACAGAGGACGGCUCUGUGGAAAGCAGGCUUUAAAGGCAAAUCCAAACCCAACCUCCUGAAGCAGGAGACGAGCAGCCUGGCCUGUGGGCUGCGCAUUCUCUUCCGGAUGUACAUGGACGAGAGCCGGGUCAGCGCCUGGGAGGAGGUCCAGCAAAGGCUUCUCAAUGUGUGCAGUGAAGCACUGAGUUACUUCCUUACUCUGACAUCGGAGAGUCAUCGGGAGGCUUGGACUAACUUACUGCUCUUGUUUCUGACCAAAGUCCUGAAGAUAAGCGAUACCAGGUUCAAAGCUCACGCAUCAUUCUACUACCCUCUCUUAUGUGAAAUUAUGCAGUUUGACUUGAUUCCUGAACUUCGUGCUGUUCUUAGAAGAUUUUUUCUGCGAAUCGGAGUGGUUUUUCAGAUUUCACAACCACCUGACCAGGAACUUGGAAUAAACAAGCAGUGA